UUUCUGGCAACCGCCACCCAUUAUAGCGAUUUUUUCGUUAUAAAUUAAAUCUCUCGUCCUCUCAUUUCUUUGCCUUCAAAAACUCCUCUUUCAAACCAACCUUGCUAGCUAGAGACAGAAAUAUCGGGGCUUGGGUUUGUAAUCUCUUCCUUUACAAACCCUUCUUUAUAGCCCUGAUAUUUCUAUGUCUACUCAAGAUAUUCAAGAACGCGAUUUCGGUGAAAAACGCUGUUGUUUUUGGAUUCCGUUUCUAAGCGAGGAACCAUCCCGUUCUAGUGUUGGUUCCGUUUUCUGGGAGCGGAUCAAUUCGAUCGAAAGUAGUCACACCGCGACCAAUAAGGAAGAGCCAUGGUGGAAACGAGGAUGGAAGAAAAUGAAAGAGUGGUCGGAAAUCGUAGCCGGACCUAAAUGGAAAACGCUUAUACGGAAGAUUGGAAGGAAACGACAAUCCAAUUCUGGAAAGCAAGGAACUGGGAAAUUCCAUUAUGAUCCUUUGAGUUACGCGCUUAACUUUGACGAGGGUCCUAGGGAAAAUGGUCAUUUUGAUGAGGAUCUUAUGGGGCGAGAGUUCUCGUCUAGGUAUUCUCUGCCGCCGUCUUGUAAAUCGUCGCUUGAUUUCGACAACGAUAAGGAAGCUAUGAUAGUCACGUGACGACGGAAGGAGAGUUCCUCUGCUUCAGGAUGAUAAUCACGUGUGGGUUUUGAAGGUCAACGCCAAUUUUGCAUGGCCCACUGUAGACAGCCUUGACUUUGAUUUCGUUUGGUCAAUUAUUGAAUUUCAAUAAUUUCAGGGUGAAAUUAAUUUCUAUUUUCUUAAAUCAUUUCUU